CGGCGCCAUCGAAAACCAGUCAGGAAUCCCCGGGGGGCUGCAACAAGCAAUGCAAAUCAACUCUCUGUACUGACAACUCCCCCGUCCCAUCCCUUCGUUGCUUCAGAGUGUGCGAUUCGGCGACACUCUUCCUCUUUCUCGUGUGACUUGUCGCACACCGUUUGCCUUGCAAGAUCCAGGGCUUUAAAAUCACAAACACUUCGACUUCCGCCUCCCCGCAUUGGCCUUUUCAUUGCGCAAAGCUAUUCAGCGCCCUUUGAAGCAUGGCUUCCGCUGUUGACUCCAGUGCGGCGCCUGCAAAUGGCCCUCCAGGUCCGCCGAGGACUCCUGGUCAGAGUGACGCUCCGCUGCCUCCUGUGCCGGUCAGUGUGGGCGGCGCUCAGCUCAGUUCCGCAAACAAGGAACAAGUGCAACAUGUUUUGUCUUCAGAUAUUGGUAUCACCACGUUGUUGAACCGCUUGAAACAAAGCAUAGCAUCUACAAGAGAUUUUGCGGGUUUCUUGAAAGAACGUGCCUCACUUGAAGAAAAACACGCAAAUGGCAUGAAACGACUUACUCGAAGUACGCACGAGUUGAUCAGAAGACCGGAAAGUCGGCAAGGCUCCUUCGCGCAGCAUUAUGAAGAAUUGACGCGAACCCACGAGCGCAUGGCCGACCACGGCUCUCAAUUUUCGAACGCGAUCCUCCAAAUGUCGGAAGAGCUAUAUGAGUUGGCGGCAAACUCGGACAAGGGAAGGAAACAUCAGAAACAAAUAGGUCUCUCCGCAGAGAAGCGGGUGCAGGACGCCGAGCAUGCCAUGGAGAAGGCAAAGGGCAAAUACAAUUCGUUGGCGGAGCAGUUUGACAGAGCAAGGACGGGCGAGCGACAAUCCGGCAAACUGCCCGGGUUCAAAAAGUCGGCCGCACAGCAAGAGGAGGACCUACAACGCAAGGUUGAAGCUGCGGAUGGUGACUAUGCUCACAAGGUCCAGGCGGCGCAAACCAUGCAGAAUGAGCUGGUGACCAUUCUAAGGCCCCAGACUGUUGCGGCUCUACAAGAUUUGAUCAAGGAGACGGAUGCUGGCCUCACUGUGCAGAUGCAGAGAUAUGCCGCCCAGACCGAGAAACUGCUCCUGGGUUACGGUCUGUCUGUCACGCCUAUGAAGGGACAAUCCGGUGGCACAACCAAGAGUCUCAGAGAUGUGGCUGCGAGCAUCGACAACGACAGAGACUUUGUGGACUAUGUCCUGCAAUUCACACACAAAGCGGGAACGAGAGGAGAGAACAUCCGAUAUGAACAACACCCAUCAUUGUCACCCAAACAAGCUCAGCCGUCCUCUUCCUUUGCUCCUCCGCAACCAGAUCCGUAUGGAAACUACAACCCUGCCAACCACGGCAGGCAAGUAUCCGGCGUGACUCCUUAUCAAGGUGACGAGCAGGAAGAGCAGUUUGCACAUCAAGGACCGGGGCCCAAUUAUGGCGGCCCACGACCAGGACCUCCUGGGCAGCAAAACAGUCCUGGUCUUUCUUCGAACCAACCUGGAACCCGAUUGUCGGCAUCUGGCGCCCCUCAACUGCCUCAAAUCGAAUCUGUUGGCGGUGAUCAGUUUAUUGGCAAUACAUCUGGUGGCGAUUUGGCACCACUUCAUACUCAUUCUGCGUCGCAACCGGCGAAUGGUACACCAGUCGACGGGCCAUCUUCAUUUCCUCGUCCUCCCCAAACACAAAGCCCUUUGAACAGCCCUGUGCAAUCAGGACAGCCAUCCUCUGAAGUCAACCGUCCACCACGAGGCGCCUCUCUAAGCCAGCCAGGCGCAUUUCCCGGCAGUGGUCCAACAAGUCCGCAAAACAUGGGAAUACGGUCUCCCAACGCUGGCCCGCCAUCUCAAAUGCCACCCCAGAGCGAGCCUCGAGCUGGGGCUUAUGGUUCGGCGCAAAUGGGUCAAGGCCCUGGUGACUUCCGAGCAGAAAUGGGUAGAGGUCAAGGUCCUCCAGGUCCUGGAUACAACCCAGCGGUUCGAACGGCUAGCCCUGGUCUCGGACCACAACCAGGCAUGCCACCUCAAGGAACAGGGAGAGAAAGUCUAGGGUCUCCUCCGCUGCAAGGUGGGCCCAAUGGCGCGCCACGACCAGGACCAGGCAUGAAUGGAGGACCUCAAAAUGGUCCACCACGACCUAUGCAGCAAGGUCCUUCCAACGGCGCUGCUCGAGGGCCAUACCCCGGUUCUGGUGGAAGCAUCAACGCGCUGCCCUCGCGACACAAUGGUCCGAUGGCCGGUCCGCCAGUCAAGCCGGUCUUUGGAGUGUCAUUGGACGACCUCUUUCAGAGGGAUGGAACGGCGGUGCCGACGAUCGUGUAUCAGUGUGUGCAGGCCGUUGACCUGUACGGGCUUGACGUCGAGGGUGUCUACAGAACCUCGGGGUCUGCGCAUCACAUUAUGGAACUGAGAAGGCUGUUCGAUCAAGACGCCAGUGCGGUCGACUUCCGCGACGCGACGAGCUUCUACAACGACAUCGCGUCGGUCACGACGCUCCUCAAGCACUUCCUCCGCGACCUGCCCGACCCGCUGCUGACCGCGGAACAGUACCAGGCCUUCAUCGAAGCCGCGAAGCUCGACGAGGACAUUGUCCGUCGGGACUCCAUCCACGCCCUCGUCAACUCCCUGCCCGACCCCAACUACGCCACCCUCCGGACCCUCGUCCUCCACCUGCACCGCGUCGCCUCGCACAGCGACAAGAACAAGAUGACGCAGAGCAACCUGGCCAUCGUGUUCGCGCCGACCUUGAUGGGCCGCGCCGGCGGCACAAACGGCCAGGCACCCGGUGCCGGUGCCGACAUUGCGGACGCCGGGUGGCAGGCCAAGGUCGUCGAGACGAUCUUGAACAACACCUUUCAGAUUUUUGACGACGAUGAAUGAAGCAAAUCAGUGAAAAGGGGUUUUCCCCUUGUAAUAUCAAUUUCUCUCUCUCUUUUUUAACAUCUUCAACCUGGGGAAUUUGUCUUCAGUGUUGAUUUUCGGCAUACAUAAAGUACUCACUCGUCCGGUCUGUGACGAACAUGGCUCAAUGGGUGUGUUCAUUUUGGUUGAUGGCGCGAUCGAGUGAGUGAGUGGGUCGCUGGGGGUUAUUAUUUUGUUCGUUUUUCUACAAGGGAAGCGGACGGGAAGGACGGACGGACGGCACGAAAUGAUUCAUCGACACUACCAAACUUGCCUACCUGGUAGGUAGGUAGGUAUCUACGAGUAUACCUUGAGAAGUCGAAAAUGUCAUCACAGUAAUCGGUGUCUUUUUGCGAUCUGAGCAUUGUUUCAGUGUUGGAAUGUCAAUCUACUUUUUUGUAUUCUCCACUCAUACGUGUACUUGCAGCUGUGUUACCCAACGCAACGGAGUACCCAUGUACGGCACAAAACGCUGCCUGUACCAACAGAUGAAUAUCACGAGGACCACAGCCGCUACGACCGCCACGACCUCAACGGAUAUCAUGUAGAUCGUUGCGCGUCAGCAUCCACCCCUCCGAGUCCGGGAGGUAACUCGGCGGC